AUGCAGGAGAACUAUGAGACGGUGACCUCGCUGGCACGCAGCGGAGACCUCCUCGCCGCCUCUGUGCGUGCCUGGGGAGUGGGGCUGCAGCACUCUGCAGGCUCCUACCAGCCGGCGGGCGAGCGCCAGGAGUUCAGCUGUGCUUCCCCAGGCCCAGGAAGAAGAGGAUUCCCCUUUCCCAAACCUGAGCUGAUCGCCCGGCUGGAACGAGGGGAAGAGCCGUGGGUGCCCGAUCUCCAGGACUGCAAGGAAAGAAGGCUUCUGAGAUGCACCCAUACAGGUGCUGAGCGAGGGAGUGAGAAUGAGGAGGGGAAUCAUCAUGAGGAAGUUCCCGGGGAAGUGCAACUGCAGGGGACCUUCGUGGGAAGAGGUGAAGGGACUUUUUCCCAGUGCUUGGAGCAGGAAGAAGAAGCCUGGGGAAGUUGGCACAGGUCAGAGAGGCUUCUGGAAAACCAUGCAGGGAAGAAAAUGGAUGAAUCUAUUAACGGUGCGGGAGGAGACAAGGAUCCCAGAGUGCAUCAGACGAAUCCCAAGGAAGAGACACCCGGGCACUACCCUCAGAGUGGGAAAGAAUUCAUUGGAGAGAGACCCCACAAGUGCUUGGACUGUGGGAAAAGUUUCAUAAAAAGGUCAAACCUUGUUCAACAUCAGGCAAUUCACACAGGAGAAAGACCCCACAAGUGCUUGGACUGUGGGAAAAGUUUCAUAGAGAGGUCACACCUAGUUCGUCAUCAGGCAAUCCACACAGGAGAAAGACCCCACAAGUGCUUGGACUGUGGGAAAAGUUUCAUAAGAAGCUCAGACCUUGUUCAACAUCAGGCAAUUCACAGAGGAGAGAGACCCCACAAGUGCUUGGACUGUGGGAAAAGUUUCAUACAAAGGUCAAACCUUGUUAAACAUCAGGCAAUCCACACAGGGGAAAGACCCCACAAGUGCUUGGACUGUGGGAAAAGUUUCAUAAGAAAGUCAAACCUUGUUAAACAUCAGGCAAUCCACACAGGAGAGAGACCCCACAAGUGCUUGGACUGUGGGAAAAGUUUCAUAAGAAGCUCAGACCUUGUUCAACAUCAGGCAAUUCACAGAGGAGAGAGACCCCACAAGUGCUUGGACUGU